UCGGCCAAAUGUAAAUUGUAAACAAGUUAUGUGAUUGUGUAGAAUUUUCAACUUGGUUACGAUUGCUUCGAUCAUUGAAAGUAAUUUCAACAAUGGAUAGUUUAUUUGAGAUAGAAUCAGAAGAUCAAUUUAGGAAUGUUGUGGAAGAAGUUUUAAAUAAUUUACACAUCAGUAAAUCAGGUAUAAGCGCAGAAAAUAAGAUGAUUACCCUGGCGAAAGAAGAGUUGAAGCAAAUAUUAUCAUCAAAUAAUUAUGACUUGGCAAAAAUUAAAAAUUAUUUGCAGAAUAAACAAUGGAACAGUGAUAGAAUUAAGUUGUUUUUGUCUAUGGUGGAAGAGAACUGUUCAGAAAUACUGUACAACACACUUUUAAACCAUAAUAGUAUGUUUGGUGAGGCUGUUGUUGAUUUUGAUUGGCGAUUAAAAAUUGUACUGGGAACAAGUGAACUGAAAACACUAAGAUAUCCCUUGUUACAACUAAUCCUCACAACCAGUUCAAGCAAUUGUCAAAGGCAGAAUGUAUAUGAUAUCAAGAAAGAUAUGCUGAAAAGAUUAAUAGAAGUCCUAGAAAGCAGCUUAGAAAUUUGAAAUAUAAGUUAACAUGUAUUUAUUAUUCAAAUCAAAACUAAAAAGCCUUUCAGGUGACAGGCUAUGCUACAUCAGUAGCUACACUGGUUUUGUAAAUUAUACUAUAGUAUAAAAUGGGCAUGCUAUAUGAAGAGUCUAAAACAAAUGUUUUUCAAAUUCUCACUCUUUUAAUAUAUUUUUAAUAAUGUAAUUAUAUAUAAUACUUGAUACAUGAAUUUAAAAUCUGAAAAGGAGAAUUCAAUGAUUUAUGGUAACUUGCUUUCCAGAAAUUUGCAGAACAUAUACCUAAAAAGAAAUUUUAGUGUCUAAAGGGUCACUAAUGUAAGCUAGAUAAGGGCUUUAAUAAACAGAGUUUUGAUAACCUAGACUUACAACUCGAAAGUGAAAAUUAUAUGCUACAGUUGAAUCAGUUAUGAUUACUUCAUUUAAGAUGUAUGAAGUGACAGUACAAU